AACGUGAAAUGCGGCGCGGCUGGCGGUGGUGGCUGCUAGGAAAGCAAGCGAGCGAACAAGCGAGCAAGCGAGCAAGCAAGCAGGCCGAGACUGCCCUCCUGUCUCCCCCACCCCAAGCAUGCCUCGCAGAGCCCAUGGCCUCCGUAUACACGGAGGAGAGUGAGGCAGCCCCAGCCGCUCCUCACGUCAUCCGCUGAGAGAGAGACGACGGGUCUCGACACGGCGAGGAGCAAUAAUUCUAACGAGCCAAGAUGGCGGCGGACACGGUGGCCCUGUCCGCGCUCACGCUCGCCAGGGGCGACAAGAUCCUCGUGACCGUCGAGUCCGCGCUACCGGACAUCAUCGUCGUGUCCUUCGUUCACGGUGCCAAGUGCUUCCAGGGCGCCUUGCUCGACGCCACCAAGAGAGGCCUACCGUGUGGCGUGCAACCCCCGGAACCUGUACCGGACCCGGAUGGCGACAAAUUGGCGACGAUAGCGGCUCGAUUCAGCUACUUUCAAGAGAGGAAGAACUCGCUGACUACCGCGAAAGUCGAUCUUCGUAGGAACAUCAAUCCGCCGGCCAGGUACAAGAAUGCACGGCCAACGGUCAGGCUCAGGCCACGCCAGGUGCUCUGUAGCAAGUGUAGAUCGAUCUGCAACGAGAACAGCGAGAACGUGGACGUCAGCAGAAAACGGAAGCACGACGGGAUUCAGCAGGAACAGCAGCAGCCGCAGCAACAGCAGGUCACGGGCCAUGGAUCCACUCGAAGAAGCGAUCGACGCUGUGGUCAGCAGCCGCAAAAAGCCUCGAGAAUACUGUUCUCCGAGUGUCAGUCCGAGAACAUCACGGUGUCAUCUCAUCAAACAGCGAAAUCCUCGUCGUCUACGGCACUCAGCCCUGAUUCGUCGAAGCUUGGACCGUCUCUCAUCCCAAAAAUUUCGAGACUUCAACCAAACGAAAUCAACAAUGCCAUGCAAGCGAAUGAAAAGGUGAAGAUUGGCCCAUCGUAUUGGAACAAUCGAGCCGAGGAGGGCGACUCAUCGGCGAACGCGAUGGAGCCAACAGAGGAACGCAUGGAAUCAACGGAUUGUGAUAGCAACCCAUCAAUGGCGUAUUGUGCCACACCCAGAAGACUUAGCAGCUCCUCCGUGGAAAGUGCAAAAAUACCAGAAGAAGAAGAGAAAAAGACGUUCGCGGCCGCGGACUCGACAAUGAGGCCAAGAACGGGUCGUGUGCCGCGAAAGAAGCGAUCCGUCGGAUCUAUGGAGGAUCUAUGGGACGAGACAGUGUUCGAAGAUCCGACAAGGACAGCUAGAACCACACCAGUGAUUAAGAUCUCUUUCGGUGCUCAGGGUGAAGGAACUGUCUUGAAAAUACCUUCCAAGAUUCAGGAUCCGGAGUACGAGCAGGAAACUGACGAAGCCGAGGAGGUGCAGACAGAAACGGAGAGAGAUCCGUUGGAAUUGCCCAGGAAUUUUGACAACGAUUAUGAUUAUCGUGAGGAUGGAGAGGAAGAUGGACAGGAGCAAGUAGAUCCUCAGAAACAGGGUGUGAAGGACGCCAGUGCUAAGGCUGCGAAACGUGCACUAAAGAAGGCUAAAAAAGAGGCCAGGAGGAAAAUGCUCGGUGGAGUUUCGCCUGCGAGAUCUCCUUGCAAUGGAUCUCCACGUUACAAUCCCACGUACGACACAUUAUCGUAUCACCGUCGCAAACAUAAAGUGAAGCAUAAAAAGAAACACAAGGAAGACCGUAAACACAAGAGCCAACAGUCGCAGCAUCAGCAGCCUUGUUUGGAAUCCGGAAGUACCGAGAAUCAGCAGAAUUGGAACGUCCUUCCGGGCAGCGAAUCGUACACAGCCAUAAAGGAGCAGUGCCUGAAGCAAAAACUAUCCAUAUCUCUGAAGAGAUUGAAUACAAACGCUUACGCUAGAUGUGAUUAUCCUGUGAGUAAUUCUUCGUUGGGUUGCAAAAGUCCUGGUGCAAGCAGUGAUGAACUAAGUGAACAGGAACCUGAAGUCGAUGCCGGCGAAACUGCUCCGGACUUUCCACCGCAGUCUCAUCCAUUGAUGAUGCGCCUUGCCGCGACGCCUGUCGAACAUUGCCUCACUGCUAACGGUAGAAGAAUGGACGUUGGUGACGUGGUGUGGGGAAAGAUUCAUGGAUUUCCUUGGUGGCCUGGAAAAGUUCUCAGCAUCACAGUUUCUUGUAAAGAGGAUGGUACGUCGUCCGGACCGCAGGCUCACGUCGCCUGGUACGGUUCUUCGACAAGUUCUCUAAUGUCGUGCGACCAGUUGAGUCCAUUUUUAGAAACAUUCAAGACGCGGUACAACAAGAAGAAACGAGGUCCGUAUAAGGAGGCAAUACGACAGGCACAGAAUGAAGCCCGAAGUCAAAUCACGCCUAACUCGACGAGUAGCGUUUUAAAUGUGUGUAGCUCACCGCGCGAGGUCAACGUUCUCUCCUAAGGGAAGGUGCACGGCGCUCGACACCAUUCCUUUAACUGCCGGGUAUUCGUCGUCGGAGAUUCAUUCUAACGGCGGAUCGAAAUCGUCAUGUAAUAUAUAAAGCAAAUUUUUGUACAUAAUUGACCUUAGCAUUAAUGGAAUAGCUCUUGAUCGAUGUUUUAAUUCAGUUGAGUCGCGCCUGCUGUCGUCGUCCGCGUUAAAUAUGGUUAAACUAACGGCGACACCAACGCUGAAUGAAGUUUACUGCCACCACUGGCUCGUUUUUUUUAUCCUCAGCUUUUUUCGAGCGAACAUUUAGCGUGUAAAAAGUAUUUAGGUAGGAUAUAAUCUCUAGAGAUGACACGUCAGCUCUCGAGGAAUAAUUUCGUAUUACAAUACAGAAAUAUGUCUAUGAAUUCUCUUUGAUAGUUAGACACAGACAACACACAUUUAUACGUUAAAAUCACACGGGUGUCGACUGUACAUCAAAUGUUUCAUUGACUACUAAAUCAUUAUUUAGCGAUGCCUGUUUACUUGAAUUCUUUAUAUAUAUGCAUAUACAUACAUAUUACAUAUACAUACAUAUAUAUACACAUACACGUAUAUAUCUGUAUUAAUAAUUUUAUUGUGAUCAUUGUGUCAAGGACAAGUGUGUAGUAUAUACCCAGUGCGGGCAGUGAAUCUUCGAUACGACCCGUAGACGUUCCUGAAAUCGUUUACGACUCUAUUCGUCGCUUCUUUAUAAUUAACAUAUUUGAGAAUAUGGACAAUACAUUUUCGACAAAUAGCAAAUUCAUUCAUGACAUUUUAAUUACUGUUUGGCGUGAAGAAUCGCUGAAUGUUUAAAAAGCUUUAACCGAGAAUGAUAUAACGUUUAAUCUCAUAAAACGGUGUAUAUUUUACGUGCUAGGAGAGUAAUGGACAACCGAAAUUUUUUGUAGCGCUGCAUUCCUCGCAUUCUUUAUUAUCUAAAAUCAACUUUCCUUGAAAGCUUCGUUUACGCUUCAUACCAACACUGCCAAGGAUUGACAUUCGUUUCAGUCUUCUUUCGUCGACGAUAAUCCUUGACGAGUUGACAGUUAUGAAUUCCAAAUGUCCAAUGCUUCACAAAUGGUCGAUUAUCCAAAUCUCCACUUAUAUCAAUAUUUACAGUAUCCAAUUUUAUCUUGGUGAUAAAAAAAUGAUAAAAGCGUGUCUCAGUCUGCUACAAACAUUCUCUUUUUUCUCUCGAAUUUCUUCCAUCUUUCUUGUCUCUCAAGUUCGACGUUUCAUUAUUACAAUAUUCGGUUAUUUUACAUUCAUCGAGCCAUAUUUUCCAGAAACGUUUCACCGUUUAUUCGUAAAUUUUCGUGAUUUAUUUCUGAACAAAUCCAUAUUCUAUAUUUUCUCUUUACCAGUCAUCAUAUUUGGCGCCGGCGUGACCCUUUGCGGAGUCUGAAUAUACAUUCAAAUCCUACAUUUAAAUUUUACAACGAAGAGUUAUUUAUUUACAAAUGUUGUUACAUAUCAUAUAUUUUUUAUAAGCAGUUUUUUUUUAAACAAAUCCAAGUAAUAUUUGUUCGCAUCUAUAAUUCGCUUUCAAGGGGCAAAAGUUCAAUGAAAGUACAAAAUCUGUAAUCAUUUACGACUUUUGCAAAAAACUAUUAAUGUAGUUUAAUUUCUCUAAGAGGUACAUUUCUCUGAAAGCGCCUGGAUUUGUUUAUCUAAAGCAAUUUCCAAAAUAUGAGGACUUUAUGGAGUUACACUAAACUUUGAUGAUUUUUGUUACUCUUUUAAAUUGAAUCAUCCCUACUAAAAAAAUGUUCUCCAUUUGUUAAUGUUGAAUAUCAUCAUUCUGUAAAAAGUUAAUCAAAAUUGGUAUUUUUUAAUUGGGUAAUUUUGGGGCCCGGUUCCGGUGAACGCGCUGAACCUGCCUUGCGCUGGUCCUGAUCAUAUUCCUGUGUCUGAUGAACGAACAGAAGUGCAAAUGAGAAUGAAGAGAAAAUUCGAUCGACUUCGUCCUAAAAUAUUUCCCUGGGGAAUACGCGUGAUUUGAGUAGCAGGGAAUAAAAUGAGGGAGACGAGAGGAUCGUCACGCGACGAACACAUCAAUGUCACGAUAUCGAAUCUUUAUUUCGAUAUCAGUAGUCACGUGCGAGUCACGUGCAAUGUUUGCUCUCUUCUUUAACACGUUCACUGCCAUGCGUGUUUUCAAAGAAAUCUCCGUCAGGCCACGCGUGCAGCAGUACCAAGCGUUCUCUGCCAGGUGCUCCUAUCGAUAUUUUAGUAAUGCGAAUCAUGUAGUGGCCUCAAGAAUGAUCUUUCGUUUCGUUUGUUCGCAUCAUUAAGACCACUAGCUGUUGUUGAAUAUAUAGAAGGAAAGUGUGGAAUUAGGAAAGGAAUCAAAUGAUACAGAAAACUUGGCAUUCUACUCCUUCUGGGAAUUUCUGUCGUAAACGCUUUGACGAUUUACAAAAUUACAACAAGGAAGGAUAUA